AUGUCCUGCAGCUGGCUGAGUUUCUGGUGCUGCUGCUGGCUGAGCCUCAGUGUUUGGACCGCGGCUCUGGAGCUGCAGCAGCUGGUCCAGUAUGGAGAAGAAGCCGGCGACCAGCAGCUUCCUCCCGGCUCCGACUCCACCGCGGAGCUGCCUCUCACCGGCUCCAUGUACCUCUUCAGCGAGACUGUGGAUAAAGUUUAUAUAAACACUAAUGGACUGGUGGCUGCUGUUGAGCCUGACGCUGAGGAGGAGUAUCUGGGGAAAAUGCCCGCCAGUUUCAGAAUGAUCGCAGCGCUCCUCGGAGACCUGGACACCAGUGACGGACAGGGAAAGGUCUACUUCAGAGAGGACAGCAAACCGGCUGUACUGAGCCAAGUCACCAAGCACAUCAGGCGAGCUUUUCCCGGAGAUGAUGGAGUGGAUCCAACCAGCGCCCUCAUCGUCACCUGGGAGAACGUGGCCGCCAAAGGCACCUCUGGACGGGGGGACGGACUGGACACUAAGAGAAACACUUUCCAGCUGGUUGUGGCCUUGAUGGCAUCGUCCUCCUACGCUAUCCUCUUGUACCCCAAAAACAGCCUGAAGUUCCACUCCACUUCAGUAGGGGGCGAGGAUAAGGUCCUAGAAGUUGGCUUCAAUGAAGGCCUUGUGAAGGGCUGGUGGCGAACCACCCAGGGGGCGUACUUCCGCAGCACCACAGAUGACGAGACCUCCAUCAGGGAACUUACUGAAAAGACCAACUCAGGACAGAGUGGGGUUUGGGUGUAUGAGAUCGGAUCCUCACCGUUCUUUUUCGACAUCACAUCAGGAAUGGUUACCAGCCUUCCUGAGGGAGAGGAUACCAGCGAAGUCUCUGUUACUAUGUUGCCAAGGGAACCUGAGACCCAGACAACAAGGACGACUGAAGCUGUACCAGAAGACAAGGAGAUAUUCCCAACUGAGCGUCCCGCUGAGUACCAACCCAGUUACCCAGAGGCUGAGACUGUUACACCAGGCUACGCAGAACCGGAGACUGAAGAGCCAGAAUACGAAGAUCUGGGCGAGCUUGAGCCAGAAUACCCUGAUUCUGAGACCGUCGCCCCAACAUAUGCUUCCCCAGAGAGGGUUCAGCCAAGAUACCCUGAACAAACUGAGUCCCAAUACCCUUACCAGCCUGAGCAACCAAGAUACACCAUUCCUGAACCUGGUGAGCCCAGAUAUCCAGUUGAUCCACGGUACAUCAACCCUGAACCAGUCCAACCAGUUCCACCUCAUACCCGGCCCCAGCAACCUGAGAUUGUCGUGGUAGAUGAAGAUGAAGAUCUGAAUGUAAAUGUAUUUGCGUACAAUUUGGAGACAUGUGACCACAACAGGCACAAAUGCUCUGCUUUCGCCGAGUGUCGGGAUUACAGCAACGGGUACUGCUGCCACUGUAAGCCUGGUUUCUAUGGUAACGGGAAGGACUGUGUUGCAGAAGGUAAACCACAGAGAAUGAAUGGAAAAGUCUCAGGUCGAGUGUUUGUGGGGAACUCACCUUUGCCUGUGGAGAUCAGUAACAAUGACUUGCACUCAUACGUGGUGGCAAAUGAUGGACGGGCUUACGUGGCAAUCAGCAACAUCCCUGACAGCCUAGGUCCCUCCCUGCAGCCACUGUCUUCCCUGGGAGGAGUCAUCGGCUGGGCCUUUGCCCUGGAGCAGCCCGGCUACCAGAACGGCUUCAGCCUCAUCGGCGGUGUGUUCUCUCGGCAGGCCGAGGUCAUCUUCCAGCCCGGUAACGAGCGGCUGAGCAUCAAGCAGGAGUUUAAGGGGAUUGAUGAGCACGACCACCUGGUGGUGAGCACAGAGCUGGAGGGACGUGUUCCCGCCAUCCCGGUAGGAUCCACCGUCCAGAUCAACCCAUACAAAGAGAUCUACCAGUACGACCAAAACUUGAUCACUUCCUCCUCCAACCGCGACUACACCAUCACCUCCUCGGACGGCGACGUCCAGACCAGAAACUACAACUGGCGUCAGACCAUCACCUUCCAGAGCUGCCCUCAUGAUGAGACCAACAGGGCGGCGCCAUCUGUCCAGAAGCUCAGCGUGGACCAGAUCUUUGUGAUGUUCGACGCCGACAACCACCUGAUACGCUACGCCAUGAGCAACAAGAUCGGCUCCGUCCACAGCGGUAAUCCGGAGCAGAAUCCCUGUUUCACGGGCCGACACGGCUGUGACAUCAAUGCUAUGUGUAGAGCAGGUGAAGGCCUCCAGUUCACCUGUGAAUGUGCGUCUGGUUUCACCGGAGACGGACGUUACUGCAGCGAUAUCGACGAGUGCAGGGAGACUCCUGAUGUGUGUGGACCCAACGCCGUCUGCAGCAAUCAGCCGGGAACGUUCCACUGCGAGUGCUCGACCGGCUUCGUGUUCGCCAGCGACGGAAAGACCUGCAUCGUGGAGAACCGGCCGGUGGACCACUGUCAGAGAGGAAGUCACGACUGCGAUCUUCCUGAGCGAGCUCUCUGCAGCUACACCGGAGGCUCGGCCUACAUCUGCACCUGCCUGCAGGGCUUCGACGGCGACGGCCGGGUGUGUCGGGACAUAGACGAGUGUCAGCAGGAACGAUGCCACCGUGACGCCGUCUGCUCGAACGUGCCGGGAUCCUUCACCUGUCAGUGCCGUCCUGGUUUCCAUGGCGACGGCUUCCAGUGCAGCCCUACAUCCUCAGAGCGUGAGAAGACCCAGUGCGAACUUCAAAGAGAGAGCGCCCAGACUCCCACCGCCAGCUCCGGCUUCUUCUCCAUCUUCAGGCCUCGUCCGGCCGUCAGUCAGUAUAUCCCACAGUGUGACGAACACGGAGCCUACAAGCCCACGCAGUGUCACACCACCAUCCAGCAGUGCUGGUGUGUGGACGCCAAUGGCCAGGAGAUCCCCAACACCCGCACCGGACCUGGCAACACUCCUCUGUGUAUUGAUCAGACGGUGACCCCUCCUCCGGUUGGUCCGACCCCACGGCCAGAUGUUCACCCCGUUGCUCCGGGAACACACCUGCUGUUUGCCCAGAGCGGGAAGCUCGAACAAGUUCCUCUGGAUGGAUACAACAUCAAGAAGGACGAGGCCAAACCUUUCCUGCACAUUCCUGACCGGGUGGUGAUCGCGGUGGCUUACGACUGCAUGGAGAAGAUGGUUUAUUGGACCGAUAUCACCGAGCCGGCCAUCAGCAAGGCCAGUCUGAGCGGAGGAGACAUUAUCCCAGUCAUCAAUAAAGAGCUGCAGAGUCCUGAAGGCAUUGCCAUCGACCACGUGGCCCGCCUCCUCUUCUGGACCGACUCCAUGCGUGACACUGUGGAGGUUUCUAAACUGGACGGCAGCCAGCGUCGCGUCCUGUUCGACACCGACCUCAUCAACCCUCGACCCAUCGUCACCGACCCAGCAUACGGACGGCUGUUUUGGGCAGAUUGGAACAGAGACGGGCCUAAAAUUGAGAUGUCCAACAUGGACGGAACGGAUCGAACCGUCCUGGUGAAAGAUGACUUGGGGCUUCCUAAUGGUCUGACCUUUGACGCCAACAACCAGCAGCUGUGUUGGGCUGACGCAGGUACUCGUAAGGUGGAGUGUAUGGAUCCUCACCGCCAGCUGAGGACACAAAUCGUGGAAGGGAUCCACUAUCCCUUCGCUCUGGUCUCAUUUGGAAGGAACCUCUACUACACUGACUGGCGGAGGGAGGCCGUGGUCGCUGUGGACCGUCAGUCCCAGAAAGAGACGGACGAGUUCCUGCCACAGAAACGCUCGCGGCUGUACGGCAUCACCACGACACCGACGCAGUGUCCACAAGCUUUUAACUACUGUGCUAACAACGGCGGCUGCUCUCACCUGUGUCUACCGCGGCUUGGCGGUUUCACCUGUCGUUGCCCGGACGCCGCCGACGGCCAAUGUGUGGAGAGAAACCUGUGA